UCUGUGAAUGUUGGCAUUCCUAUAUAUAUAUAUAAAUUUGUGUAUAUUUUUUAGUGUUGUCUUUAAAUAGUUGGGACAACAAAUCGUUUAGUGUGGCCACGGACAAUUGAAUCCAUCCUUUUGGGAAGGACAUGGCCUUCGUGGCUAGCAAUGAUCAACAUGGCAAUGAGAUAAUGCGUGUAGUGCUCUCGACAGAGCCGGGCAAGCGAACUGUGGCCUCCUGUCAGAAUCUGAGAAUCAACUGCACCUCCACUGGGGCUCAGUUGGAUACACGUGCCGGACGUUACGAUCAUCGUCAUCGUUUUCAUUUUUUUGCGGACACGGCGCUCAGUCAACGGCAGACGGAUCUUAAUUUGCAGCAGAAGGAACACGGCGACCGAAACAAGGAGCAGACAUUGGGGGAGCAACAUUGGCUAGAGCAGAAGAAGCAGCAGCAGCAGGAGAGGGAAAAGCAAGAACGAAAACAAGAGGAAGGGGGGCGGCUCUCGGCACAAUCAAAGCAAAGGCAGCAGCUGCAGCCGGAGCCACUAGAGCAGCGAGGGGAUAAAGCAUUGCAGCUGGAGAGAAAGGCGACAACGGAGCAGCUGCCUUCGAAGAUAUCGUGCGUAGAGAGAAACAGAUGUAAGACGGAACAGCAAGAGAAGUCACAUCGUGAGACGCUCCAUCGAUAUAGUGCAUACUUGGAGUGGUCGUACGAGGAGAUUUCACAGUCGGAAAAACAGUCACAGCUCCAACCGAUCUCACAGCCGAUGAAACUGCAGCCAGAAAGAUCGAAAUCGAACCGGAAAACUCAAAUAAUAAAUUCGCAGACGGAGAAAUUACAGCCAGAGAGCUUGCAUCUAGAAGGCUUCAAGCCGUUGAUGCGACCGAAGCCGGAGCGGUUACAGUCCGAGAGAUUUCCUCAGGAAGACUUACAGCCCAAGCUGGAGAAGGUUCAGAAGGCUCGGUUGGAGAAAAAAUUGCAGCCGAAGGAUAUGCAGGCGAAGGAGUUGCAGGCGAAGAUAUCGCAAUUGCUCCAGAAGUCACAGACAGAGCUGAGCUUUCAGCAAGCCAAAGAAUUGCAGCAAAAGAAGAAAUCCCAGAAGGAGCUACCACAGCCCAACAUAGGCUUGCAGUUGGAAAAGACCUCGCAGUUGGACUUGUCGCAGUCCAUGAAGACUUUGCAGCCGGGUCACUCAUCGUCUCAACAUUCAUCCAAUCAGAGCGAUGGCGAUCUAGCCGUUGCGGAGCUGGCACAGUGGAAUAGCGCUGAGGUCAUUGCGCAUAGCACCAUGCUCGCUCCGCAGGAUAAUAUCUAUCAGCGAGGCAGCAGCGAGUGUGCAACGUCUGGUUCGCCCUUCCACACCUGGCUGGCAGCUAAAAAGGAGAAGCAUCAGCAGCUGGAAACGGAACGCCGUCAGACCACUGAGCUGGAAGAGCAGCGUGCUAAGGAGCGCUCGCGUCUCGCUCAGCUGAAGUAUGAACGUUGGUUCAAGGCCAAGACAAAUCAAUUGAGACGAGCCAAGUCAGACUUGAGUUCCACUCAGAUGACGGGCAAUUCACGUCAAUCACUGCCAGCGGCGGAGUCGCAGCGUCGCCUCAUCGAAUGGGAGCGCGAAAAGCUGGCCGAGCUCAAGGAACAGCGGAUGAGGCGUGAGGCCAGCUUAGCACGAAAAAAUCUGAUCGACUCGGCGCGCCGCGAACUGAGCGCCGAUGCCUGGGAGCAAUGGGUGCAUGCCUCGCGAAACAAGCCCAAGCCCGUGCCCAUGGGCAAGGGCCUAGACUCGCUGCGCGGCACGAACUCGCCCCACUUCAAGAAUCCCAACGAGUGGCAAUCGCUGCAGGUGUCCAGUAACAGAACACAGCUGAGCCAGCCGACGCAGACGCCACAGCGCCAUGGACCCGACUACGAGCGCCUGGAACGGCUGGCCCAGCCGCGCCGCCACAGAUACAAGACCAGCUUUGUCCCGGAGGUAAAGAGCAAUCAACUGGGACUGGAGGACGAUUACCACCUGGCUAAGUUAAACAAUUCACUGGACAGCUGCCUGUUGCGUCCGCAUCGUACGCCCAUCAUCUGGAGCAAGACCAAUGCGCAGCGUGUGCGCGAGAUGAAAAGGAACGUGCCACUGGUGGAGACUCCGCGCGAGCUGCAGGACGAUCAAUUGGAGCAGUUGCGCAAGCAGCAAGAGCUGCAGAACAAUAAAGUCCUGCCGCGAAAGUUUCAACAGAAGCGCGAUCAGUUGCGUCGCAAGCUCAAGGGCUGGGUCGAGGAAGGUAAGGCGCUGCCUGUGCGCAGCCACAGCAGCUCCCACAGCCUGAAGGAUGAAUUCAAGCACGAGCAGAAGCAGGAGCUGAGGCAACAGCAACGACGCGCUGUCUACGUAGAAGAGACGGCCCAUUUGCAGCGUCGCUUGGUCUCGCUCAACGAGUCGCGUGUUCAGCGCUCCGAUGACCAACUGCAGUCGAUAGCCAAAAAACCGAUUGCUCCUCUUCAACGAGCGCGCAGCAUCGAACCCAAACGCUUGCUCAAGGUCAAGGACUCCAAGGAGGCGCAAAAGGCGAGGCCUUGGCGUUAGGUUUUUCUUUUGUUUUUCUCGCCCCGAAGACCCCCCUCUCCUCUCUCUCUCUCUCUCUCUCUCUCU